UGUUUUCAUCAGUGUAACACAAAUGUGUCAAUGUCGAAAUGUUAUGUUUUAAAACUCUUUCCGUCUGUACGAUCGUUCGGAUGUUUGAUGCCAGUUUGAUCAGUAACAACAUAAUAAAGUAAUUUAUGCGACGUUAAGAAUGAAUUUAUGCAUUUGAGAUUUUUGAACGUGUUUUUAAUGGUAAUACUAUUUUUCCCCCGGCAUGUGCAUUGGAAAAGCCAUCGUAUCUUUACCAUGCUAUAUCCUAAAUCGGGAAGUAAAUGAAUAUCAUCAUCAGUACUAUGAUUCUCUCAGCGCUGUAGAUGCAGUGGUCAUGGUGCUCAACCUGUGCAAGCCACAUUUCCAGACCUCCAUUCAAUGCAACAAGCUGUGUGCCGACGGUUACGACGUCUCCAACCUUCUAUCCGGUGACCCGAUGGCGCGGCGGAGGGGAUUCAAACUGGAAUACUUCCUCCGGCCUCCUGUUCACGUCACGCUGAGCUUCCAAGUGGAGAUGGAGUUGUGUCGGCUGGACGUCGAGCUCUGGCCCUGGGGAAUGGAUCAGGGUCGCACCUCCCGGAGGAUUGAGAUCUUGGCCUGUUCGGAGCGAGAAGGCGGGUCGUUUCAGCUCGUGGCUCGGAGUGAUUUGCAGGAGGAGCUGCAGGUGUGUUUCCUGCAUCCGUCUUUCAAACCUCGAGGUCCGUUCGGUGAUCCUCCGCCUCCACCAGCGGCUGGAGCUAAAGCGCAGGAGCUCUGGAGCCGCGGAUCGCUCUGCGCCGUCGCUCGGCUCAGAAUCAGCAUUCCCUACAGCGGCGCUGCGUCUGCACUGGGAAUCAAGUCCCUCGCCGUUUGGGCUUCGCCUUCUCGUCGCUGUCCCGCUUCUGAACUGGAAAAGAUUCGGGACGCACACCUAAACAGCCUGAAAACAAACCAUCAGACUGUCGUACCUCCCAAACCCGAUCCCGUUGCAACUGAUAUCCCAAUUCCAGAGGAAUUCCUAGACCCGCUGACACAAGAACUCAUGGUUUUCCCGAUGAUCCUACCUAGCGGAAUGAUCAUCGAUAACAGCACUUUAGAGGAGUACCAGAAGAGGGAAGCGACAUGGGGCCGUCUGCCUAACGACCCGUUCACUGGCGUUCCUUUUACCCAAAGCUCAAAACCUCUUCCAAACCCUCUCCUCAAAAGCCGCAUUGACCGUCUGGCUCUGCAGACGGGAUGCACGGGAGUCGGGAGCAGGAAUAACCUACUAACUAAACCACAACCGUCCAGACUUGCGUCUGCGGAGGUCAAAACUGUUACGGACUCCGGUAGAAACUGUGAUCACACAGACACUUUAAGACAGUUUGGAUCUGUUUCAGGCUCGACAACAGCACCGACGCAGAGCCGUUCUGCUAAAAGGAAGUAUGACUCCAGUUUUCCCUCCACCAGCGCAGAUCCCAGUCGCUCUGCUUUGAGGAAACCUCACCAAACUCCCUCAGGCUGCGCUCCAAGCAGGUUUUUAACUCCUUGCUUAUUUUUGAGGGAAACGGAGGAGGAAAAACGGUGCAUAAGAGUCGGACUCACACGAGCGGCGGUUAGCAGACAGUUUAGAUCAGGCGCUGAACGCUGCGCUUCAUGGAUUACCAGUGUUCACUUCACCGAGCAAAACCUCUUCAUGUGUGGACACGUCCGCUGGACAGCACACAUGUGCGUUUUGCUCUUGUUCUCUGUCGGUGUAUUCUUCCGGCGUCCUGUCGUACGCUCUGCCCUGCGCUCAUCUCACGUGUGGACCGUGUUUGCGGCAGAAACGACCAUCUGAUUCUCAGAAAAUGACGAUUACAUGUCCCACAUGUGGCACAUCUGCGUCAGGUGGUGACGUCACACGAGUGCAUCACUGAACCGCACGUCUCAUCAUGAACUCAUUUGUUUGCAGAUUUUGUGUAUAAUUUUCAUUAAAAAUUGUUGAAAAAUUA